AUGGCUACAACAGCUUCAUCAUCACAGCCAAACGGCGUCCCACCUGCCUCAUCAGCAGGUCCCUCGCAGUCACAGACCCAACCAUCACAGUCGACCACUACUGCGACUGCUUCACAAGCAACAGCAACCGGUAGCGGCGCGCCGGCAGCAGCACCAGCACCAGCAAACGGACCAACAUCCCCCACAACCUCUGCGCCCCGACCUCGCGAUGCCAGGACAAUAGAGCUGCUCCUGACAAGCCAAGGCGUCACUUCGUACGACCAGCGCGUCCCUUUGCUUCUCCUCGACUUUGCCUACCGCCACACGUCCUCGAUCCUCUCGGAUGCCCUCCACCUCGCCUCGGACCCCUACACCACGCAAGCCGGCGCCAAGCCCUCGGGCGCGUCCGGCGUGGUCCCCUCGGCCCCGAGCAACACCGAUGCCUCGGUCAGCGCCAACGCCAUUAACAUUGCCAUUGCUAGCCGGCAAGCCUUUUCGUUCCGUGGCGGCUCGGGCGCGGGCGGGGGCGGCGGGGGCGGCGCCAGCAAGGACUGGCUGCUGGAGCUGGCCAAGGAGCGCAACAAGGUGCAGCUUCCCCGUGUCAUGGCGCACGAGUGGGGUGUUCGCUUGCCCAACGAGCGCUUUGUUCUCAGUGGCAUGCCAUGGGGUCUGAGGGAUACCUGGGCCGAGGGGAGCGAUGACGACGAUGAUGACGAGGAAGAUCAAAUGGAAGACGCCAUGGAAGGUGUCGAGGUCGUUAAGAAAGAGCCCGACACCAAAGAUGGCGCAGAGCCCGGCGGUCUGGAUGAACUGCUCGGUGAUGAUAUGGAAGGCGACGAGGAUAUGGAGGGCAUGGAAUAA